UUCUGACCUCACUGCUGAGCUGCCCAACAGACCAAGCCUCUCUGACUGCGAGUCCCGGCAGCUCUCAGAUGUUUAAAGAUGAAUCUGUCUCUCUGAGCUGUGAGGAGGACGACAGCUCUGCUGGAUGGACUCUGAGGAGGAACACAUCCGGAGAAACCAGGACUCAGUGUGGAGAUGGCUGGGGAAAACCUGCUGGUUCUUCCUGUAAAAUCAGCUUCAUGGUCCCAGGGGACAGUGGAGUUUACUGGUGUGAGUCCAGAGAGGGAGCAACCAGUAACAGCAUCACCAUCACUGUCACUGGUGGACCAGUGAUCCUGCAGAGUCCUGUCCUCCCUGUCAUGGAGGGAGAAGACCUCAAUCUGACCUGUAAAACAAAGAAGUCCUCCAACCUCCCAGCUGGUUUCUAUAAAGAUGGCUCCUUCAUCAGGAAUGAGCCUGCAGGUCACAUGACCAUCCACCAUGUUUCCAGGUCUGAUGAAGGCCUCUACAAGUGUCUCAUCAGCAGUGAUGGAGAGUCUUCAUCCAGCUGGGUCUCUGUCACAGGGAAACCUCCAACAACGAGCCCUUCUACGAGCUCUCUGCCCCAUGACACGUCAGCUCCGCCCCCUGACACCACAGACCCACCAACCUCGUCAGCUCCGCCCCCUGAUACCUCAGCUCCGCCCCCGGCCUCAGACCCCCUCCAGCUUGUGAUCAGACUGGUCGUCCACCUGGUGGUGUUCUGUCCGAAAAACCUGCCUGUCUCCGUGGUGAUGACCCCUCCCACCCAAGCUGAGGAGGGAUUGGAUGAUGACUAUGAUGAUGUCAUCACUGCUGUCACCACAGAGCAUCACUUCUGA